UGUUUGUGCUGUGGUGGUGUGUGAGUCCCGCUAACACUCGCAUGUGAUCCCCCUGCAUCACUAAUGAUGUGUACAUUGCCCCUAGCGACACCCGAUGCCCUUUCCCGACACUUGUGUAUCAGCACAGUACGCCAGUCCCCGGCGUUUCGUGUAUCGUUCUUGCCCAGUUCGAGUUACGAGGGGUGCCCGAUGACGACUUAUUGGGUCAACCGUCGUAAAGAGGAGGCACAGCGACUGUUGAACGUCGUUCUCAGCGAACAUCCCAGCCACUACGAGCCUCAUUACAAGUAUCGCCGGGAUGAGAUCUUCAAGAGGAUGAAACCCACGACAUUUGCUCAAUUGAUCCUACAAGUUGCAGCCAUCAGUAACAUGGAGGAGGAGGCAGAGGAGGAUGCUAGGGAAGUUGACAUCCAGUCACAGCGGACCCAGUCCACAGACCUGGAGUUAGCAAACCUUCGUGGAGACGCGGACACGUCACGAGUCAGCCCCGUCCCAUCUCUCGCUCUCACGGAGGGAGACUACGGGCUGAACGACGUGGAAUCACCAAGGUCAACCUUACAGAGUGUAAUCCGUGGUAUGGGUGAGCUGGACAUGAAUGCCAUGGACAAGGCCGUACACAACCCCCCUCCCAAGCCACAGGUGGCCAAGAUAGACCAGCCCUACAAGAACACUCCCUGUCUGGUGCUGGACAUACGGGAUGGGGACUCCUACAACCAGUGUCACAUCAUUGGAGCAUACAACUAUCCGUCCGCUAUGCUGUCCCGAUCCAUGAACUCAUUCAGCAAGGAGCUACUAGAAUAUAAAAACGCAGUAGGUAAAAUCAUCAUAAUUUAUGAUGAAGACGAGAGAUUAGCUCCGCAUGCGGCCACCACACUGGUGGAGAGAGGGGUGGACAAUCUGUUCAUGUUGUCUGGAGGUAUGAAGGUUCUGGCCCAGAAGUUUCUGGAAGGUUUCUUCACGGGAAGCCUGCCUGUGUCCUGCCAGCCCGCCCAGCCUGAAGGCAAGACUCCGCGCACCAAGAACACCCCACGGACUGUCCCUACUGAUAACACACCUGCCGGCAGGAAGAUGAGGUUCACACCUGAUGAUAUUCAGAAGAUCCAGAACCAGUUAGAUGAAAGUCUCAUCCCAAGUGACACCGGAAGUCGGUUGAGUAGAAUGUCCACUAACACAUCUAGAAACUCCAAGGCUGGCAUGACGUCCAGGACUAACAACACGACAGUGGGAGGGAAACCAUGGAAGCCUACCUAAGGACAGAUGGAACACAUGGGGAGGGAGCAUGUCGGCAGAACAUACUACACCUGAGCAAAACCUGUAAAUAAUGUUUUGUGUGUAGCACUUUGGCGGAAUGUCUCAUUUCUAGUUGUAAUCACAUACCUAAGGAUGGCAUCCUGUCUAUAGUUUUCAAAUGUUGCGUUGGAAAAGAUAUCAUGUGCAACAGGCAACAUUUUGAUGCAACGCUGACCAAUUGUACAACGAAAACCGUGAAACAUUUCCAAACUAUAAAUGUCAUCCUUUAGUAUGUGAUUACGACUUCAAAUGAGACAUUCUGCCAAAGUGCUAUGCACAAUACAGGUUUCGUGCAGGCAGAGUAUGUUCUACUUAUGUGCUUGGGGAGGGGUGGUAGGUAACACUGUUUGGGAAGUUGAACUGUUAGUAGAACAUACAUGUAUUUUGACUUCAUGUCAAGAGGCCACCACAAAUUAACAAAUUGAGUUAUCUGUGAGCCAGUACCAAUAGCGAACUUUGUGGUUUUGAAGUAAGCAUCUUAUAAAGGUUAAUUAUAAUGAUGAGCCAUCAGAUAUAAGCACAUAUCAUAAUUCAAAGUUUUGGCCAUGACACUUGUAUAUGACGAGACCAAGAAAAUCUAACACUUUUUCUUACUAACAUCUUCAAGUUUUUGUUGUCACUCAAAUUUAAAAGAAAGAGAUAUUGGGAUAUGUAACACUGUUAGGUACAUCCCUCACAAAAAGGAUAUAACUCUUUAACUACACAUGUAGGACUUAGAGGACAUUGUGCUGUUGCUGCUAUAUAAAUGGCCUAUCUGGAGGCAGAGUCGACAUUCCAGUCUGAUUCAUGUGAAACUGUUUUUGGUCUAAUGCAGUGUGUAUUAUAUAUGUACAGGCUUGCUGUGUAAUGUAUUGAUAUCAAUAACUAAUUCAAUCUAAUUUGGAGGGUGUUAUAGUAGUAGUAGAACAUAUAAGUGCCUGAAUCUGUUGCCUAAAAGUAAAGAAUUUGUAUGAUUAAACAGUAUUUUUUUGUCUCAAAUGCUUCUAAGGCUUUUUAUGCAUACAGGCUUUUGUAACUGUGCCCUUAGACUUGUUUGUCUUACAUUGGUAUGUUGAUGUAUGUUGGUCCAUGUAUGUUCACAAUAUGUUCACUGAAAAGAAGUGGUCAACAUUGUAACAUGUAUGCUAGACAUGGUAUGAGUGUCCAUCAAAUAUAAAAAAAGCUACUGAUAGUUACAACUUUUAAUUAUUCAAUAUCUAUGACAUCAUUGAUAACAUUCCAAUUGAGUUGCAGUGAACAUACUGUUGACAACAUCUUAGUUUAAGAUGAGCCUUUGCAGAAAUGUCACUAACUGCUGACAGCUAACAUAUCAGAAUUGCAAAAAUGUGUAAGUUGUUUCUUGUUUGUAUUACAGAUAAUACAUUUAUGUCUCUUCGUUAGUUAUGCCAAACACUGUGUAGGUAGGAAUCUUAUUAAGUGUGUAAAAUCUUACUUUUGUUGCAUAUUCUAAGGCCUUAGCAGAAAUUAUUACAACGUAAUUAUUUUAGAUACAUGUAGUCAUUUAGAUCAUAACCAAAAUGUAUUUUUUGGUAAAAAUGGACAUGGGCCCAGAACUAUUGAUGACAUCAUUGUGAUGUCUUGCACCCAGAUACUUGUAUCUGACAAAAAUUCAAAAGUUUAUACUCAACUGCAACAUGUACUUUUAGUACACCACAAAAGUCCUCGCAUGGUUAUUGUAUUGCAGUAAGGACCAUUAGCAACGAUAGCAUCUGCUACUUAAGAUUUUCCUAUACAUACAUGUAUACUGUACAUUAAUAACUCUUUUCUAAGUCUAUUCAUAGUUCCCUAACAUUAUUUACUGUGUGCUACAAUACCUGAUGCAGAAUUGGUGCUUUGCACUAGCUUCCAUAGUAGACUCCAGUUUGUGUUUUCUUUGUGCUGAUUGGUUGCUGACAGAGACAGCAACUACCAUAGUAUUUACCAGUAUCCAGAAAAUAAACAGGAUUAAUACUACAUGGAACCUCCUAUGGAGGCUAACUUUGCACUACAAUAAUGGACUUUGUAAAUAGUACAGGAGUAAAUUGUUGUAAGUGCCAAAGCAUGUGUUGGCUAAAGAACAGAAACGUUCUAUCACAGACAUGUGAAGAUAUGUCUGGAACUGUGUGAAGUGGUAAUAAUAAAGAUGACACCAUUUUG